AUGGUUGAUGUAAACGGUAAACUUUUAGCAUGCAAUUCGAUAGAAGAAUUGACCCAAUUUCGAAACUCGCUCAAGAAUGAUAUUCCUAAUGAUGAAAGUAACCUGAUACAAAAACCAGCAUAUACAAAGAAAUUAGAGAGUGAGCAGUUACAAUCCAUAUUCAACUUAAUUGAAUUGAAACAAAAUCAAUUGGGUCGUUUCAAAUUCAAGUUUGUUGGUGAUCCACAACCGCCAACUCAUUUUAAUUAUAACACUAAGAGCUCAGAAAAGGAGGUGGGGGUUUCAGCUACGAAUUGUAACUCAAUUAUACUAGACGGUAAACUCGUUGAGUUGAAUUCGGAUUAUUCAUAUAUUGAAAGCUGUAGAAGGAGUGUUUUGAACUUGAACACAAAAUCAUUGCAUUUGCAAGAGGCGAUUGACUCAAUUGUAAAAGUGGUUUCAAAUGGACCCAUUUUAAUUCAGAAGAUGUCAAAUUGUAUCAUUGUACUAUCUUGUCAUCAAGCUAGGUUUCAUAACGUGAGCGAUUCAGUAGUCAUUGUGGUAAACAAUGAUAAUGAAAAGAGACCACUCAUGAUUGAGAAUUGUAGAAACUUGAUUACCAAUGAUAUUAGAAUUGAGGACUUUAAUCAUCCUCUAAAGGAUUUCAAAGAUCCUGGUUUUACUGUUUUGAAUGAGGAACAAACAAUAAAGAUUAUACAGAUGGUUGAUGAAUGUAACUUGGAAAAUUUGAAAACAAUGCUUCUGCUCUACAUCAAGAAAGAAGAAGAGGGUGAGCUGAGGAGCUAA